AUGAAGCAGCAAUUGGACGUGGUGUCGGACAACCGCUGUUUCGGCGGACAGCAAAAGGUCUACGAACACGACAGUGCAGUGUUAAAUUUCCGUAUGAAAUUUGCCGUGUAUGUACCAGACAAUUUGGAAGGCCCUGCUCCAGUCUUGUAUAUUUUGGGGGGCAUGUCAAGUUCCGAACAAACUUUUAUACAGAAGUCAGGGUUUCAACGAUGGGCAGCACAUUAUGGAAUAAUCGUAGUGUCACCUGACGUCUGCCCUAGGGUGACUUUUGGUGUUGAAAAGAAUGAAAUUGAAGCUAAAGGUUUGUCAUUUUAUGUAAAUGCUGUAAAAAAACCGUGGAACAGGAAUUAUCAAAUGUAUUCAUAUGUGAAUGAAGAGCUACCGAGUAUUAUUCAGGAGAACUUUAAUAUCAACAAAGACAGACAGUCAAUCAUGGGUCACAGCAUGGGAGGCCAUGGUGCAUUAAUAAGCGCACUUAAAAAUCCUGGCAAGUUUCGUUCAGUCUCAGCUUUAGCUCCGGUUUGUAAUCCAUCUAAGACACCCGAUAUACAAUUUAUAUUAAAGUGUUAUUUUGGAGAUGAUACAAAAACUAUGGAGGAAUGGGAUGCUACCUGCUUAGUAGCUGAUUAUAAGGGACCAGAGUUGAAUAUCCUCAUACAUCAAGGGAAUAAUGAUAAAUAUGCCGAACAAUUAAAAUUGGAAAAUUUUGUAAGCGCUUGUGAAAAGGCAGGGAUUGAAAUUUCUGUAAAUAUAGAAGAAGGAUAUGAUCACGGAUUUUAUUUCAUUUCAAGUUUCAUGGAACAGCAUUUUCAUCACCAUUCUAAAUUUUUGUGUGGCUCUUAA